AGAGAGGAAAUGAACUUGAGAGAAGGGGAACACACAGCAGAGAAGAGAGAGGAAAGAGGGCGGGAGUGGAAGGACAGAGCUGAAGCCUGGGGCAGCGAGAUGGUGAGAGGAUGGGCGAGGAGGCGGUGAAGCACGGCUGCCUGUACCUUCAGCAGCAGCAGACGUUUGGAAAGAAAUGGCGCCGGUUUGGGGCUGUGCUAUAUGGAGAGUCGGGCUGUGCCCUGGCCCGGCUGGAGCUCCAGGAGAACCCGGAGAAGCCGCCACGCCGGGGAGGAGAGGCUGCCCGGAGGGUUAUCCGCCUCAGUGACUGCCUGCGGGUGGCCAAGGCCGAUGGGGAGGCCAGCAGUCCCCGGGACACUAGCGCCUUCUUCCUGGAGACCAAGGAGCGCCUGUACCUGCUGGCAGCCCCUGCUGCAGAGCGUGGUGACUGGAUGCAGGCCAUCUGCCUGCUGGCCUUCCCCGGGCAGAGAAGGGAGCUGUCGGGGCCAGAGGGGAAGAGCAGCCAGCCCUGCAUGGAGGAGAAUGAACUCUACAGCAGCGCGGUCUCAGUCGUCCCCUGCAAGGAAUUUGCCGUGAUUAUGAGACCUACAGAAGCCAGUGAGAGGUGCCACCUCCGGGGGUCCUAUACCCUGCGUGCUGGGGAGAGUGCCCUGGAGCUGUGGGGCGGCCCCGAGCCAGGCUCCCGGCUAUACGAGUGGCCCUACAGGUUUCUGCGACGCUUCGGCCGGGACAAGGUAACCUUUUCCUUCGAGGCAGGCCGGCGCUGCGUCUCUGGAGAAGGCAACUUUGAGUUUGAAACCCGGCAAGGCAAUGAGAUCUUCUUGGCCCUGGAAGAGGCCAUCUCUGCCCAGAAGAACGCUGCCCCUCCUGGGCCCCAGCCCCAGCCCCAGCCACCCACAAUCCCUGCCGCACUGCCCCGGCCCCACGACUCGCUGCCACCUCCUUUGCCCACCACACUGGUGCCUGCCCCACAGCCUCCAGGCCCAGAGGGAGAGUACGCGGUGCCCUUCGAUGCAGUGGCCCGGUCCUUGGGGAAGAGCUUCAGGGGCAUCCUGGGAGGCCCUCCAAAGAUCCUGGCGGACCCUCUGUACGACAGCAUCGAAGAGGACCCACGCCCUCAACCCGACCACAUCUACGAUGAGCCUGAGGGAGUGGCUGCUCUGUCCCUGUAUGACAGCCCACAGGCACCCGGGUGUAAGGCGAGGAGGAGGCAGGCCACAGCCGAAGGGGACCCUAGCGGCCUCCAGCAUGUCCACCCAGCCAGGAAGGAUUUCUCUGUCUCUGGCUGGCAGCCGGGAACCGAGUAUGACAAUGUUGUACUUAAGAAAGGCCCAAAGUGACAGAGAUGCAGGCCACAUUGAAGUGCACACCGGGGAGGAGGAGACAGCCACCUUCCCUCUGUCUUCUGCUGGUGACUUCUCCUGGCC